CACAUGUGCAUGCGUAUGGGUAAGCGUGUCUACGCAUGCGUUUGCCUAUCGUGUGGACGCAGAUGCUGACCAGGAGAGCAUUUUACGGUUGCGCACACGCGCCCAAUGAUGGUGUGGUACAUGUAGUCGCGCAGCUAGGGAGACGCCCAAAGCUCCGACCUUUGCGCGAGCUGUUGAGGCAGAGGAAGGGAUCAGCAUAUGUUUUUUCUCACGCGUCCCCUGCGAUGGUUCUCUGUCUGGUGGCGACAUCUAAACGCAAACACCUUUGUCCGAAGGAGGAGAUGUCAUGUCAAAAGCUGUUUUCCCUUUUACUGAAGAGGUCACCCAUAUUGGCCUUUUUACAGUUUUUGUGAACGCUAGGGAGCUUCUGAUACUGCAGGAGGAUACCGUUUUUUCUGUACAUGGAGCUGCCAUCGAAUCGUGCCUGUGUGUCCGCCAGGCCAGCCUUGUCCUAUGUAGAUUCUGGUCAGACGCCCUCGACUGCGCUCCGUGACACGAGUAUGUACAGGAACAUGAUGGCGAUGAGCUACGCAAGUCGUGCAAACGCUUCUCGAGUUCGUUUUUCUCCUACUCAAACAAUGUUCUGUGCGAAGACAAGGUGCAAGAGCGAGGAGAACGAUUGUUGUUCUACUACACCUUCAAUGUCACGUAGACGGUGGACGGCCCGCCUUAGCAUCAAGCGGCCCGGAACACCCGUGCACGACGCAUAUUUGAAAAUGGUACACAAACUAUAG